AUGUCCACUCCUUAUUACCAAAGUGCUUAUCAAGACAGCACGCCUGGACUAAACAACGCUCCUUACAGUGAUGACCCAAUGAGCAAUGAGGGUUUCAAGUACGCUGGUGGUGGCGCUGCUUUCGGUGGCGCACAGGUCGCAGCACCAAAACCCUGGUACAAGAAGAAGAAAUUCCUUAUUGGUAUCCCUGCAGUCAUCGCUGCUAUCAUCAUAGCCUGUGUCGUUGGCGGUGUCGUCGGCUCUCGCAACGACGAUGACAAUAGCAACUCAAACGCCAACAACGCAGCUCAACCUUCCCCUUCAGACGCUGCUCAAUCUAAAUUAUCAAGCGGCAGAUUCUCAACAGACACCAAUGAUGCUGGUGUUCCUAUCUACGGUAACAAUGGUACAAACUCAAAGCUUUUCCAAGCUCCUACCUUCCUCAGUGAUCAAGAUGACGAACUCAAUCUUCCAACUUGCGACGAAAGCCCUCCUUCUUUCGACGGCGAUGGUAUUCAAGUCACCACUGACAGACCUCGUAUUGGUGGUGUUGCUGGUCGCUGGGAAUGCCUUAAAGACAUGAUCGACGCCGAUGCAUACAUGAGCUAUUGGAAUCAGUCUAUUUUCGAUGAAGCUCAGCACUUCCUUGACACUCCAGCCCCAGCUUGGAUCCCAGAUGGUGGUUUAACUGGUUCUGGUGUACUCGACCAAGCUCGUGAAUGUCAAAUGGCUGUCAAGUCCUUGUCUUACGCGUAUCGUAUGACCAAAGACGAUAAGUACAAGGAUGGUGUUUGGGACCGUCUUCAAGUUAUUGGUGGUGUCAAAGAAACUCCAGCAGGUACCGAUGAAGAUUCCAAAACAUACGGUUCUGGAACUGAAGGUGAAACCAACAACUGGAAUCCAAAGCACUUCCUUGAUACGGCUGAAUUCAUGAACUCUUUCGCCAUUGGUUACGAUUGGCUCUACGACUCAUGGUCCCAAGAUGAGAAGGAUUGGAUCCGUGACACUCUCGUCACCUACGGUCUCAACCACUCUCAAGCUGAAAACAACUACUGGUGGAGAAGUGAAUCGGGUAACUGGAACUGUGUCUGUAACGGUGGUAUGAUUAACUCUGCUCUCUCCAUCUGGGAAGAUGACACUUCUGGUCUCGCUGAGCAGAUACUCAACGAAGCUCUUGAAAACGCAAAGUCGAACUGUGUUUAUGGUGCUCGCGAAGACGGUACAUGGACCGAAACUUCCGACUACUGGUACUUUGGUACCACUGGUUGGUCAUUAGCCACAUCCUCAUUGAUCGCUUCAACCGGUAAUGAACAAGGAAUGCUCACCACCAAUCCAAACUUUUACAAGACUGCUGAUUUCCAUAUGUACAACUUUGGUAACCAAGCUAAAUUCGACUACGGUGACACUGGUCCAAACAAGUACACCGCCACCGCCAACGCUUUGGUCUUACUCGGUAGAGAAACUAAAACACCUGAAUACAUGCUCUACCAACGUGAUCGCGCUGACGCUACUGACGCUUUCAACAUGUUAUGGUACGACCCUCAUGUAGCAGGUGCAUGGUGGAACAACAUGCCAUUGGACAGAUACUUUGACGACUCCCACACUCAAUGGGCUUCAUUCCGUUCUUCAUGGACCGACAACAAGGGUCUUUUCGCAGCAAUUAAAGCGGGUAACACGAGUGGUCACCAAACACACGGUGAUCUUGAUGUCGGUGACUUUGUCAUUGAUGCUCUCGGUCAGCGCUGGGCUGGUGAAUUGGGUGCAGCCAACUACCUCGGUGAAAACUACUUCAACUCUGAAGCCCAAGAUGCAGAGAGAUGGCAAUGGUACAGAAAGGGCACUGAAGGUCAAAAUGUUUUGUUGUACAACAACACAAACUCAAACGCAGGUGUUGCUUCAGAUGCUGCUUUCGGCACUUCAAACACUACUCAAGGUGCAACAAUGGAUAUUGACAUUGAUGAUGACUCGACUGGUUUCUACACAUCCGAUAUCACCAGCUCCUACUACGGUAACUCAGUCAAGCGUGGUUUAAGACUCCUUAACAAGCGUCGUCAAAUCUUGCUUCAAGAUGACAUUGACACAGACGCGCAAAUGCAAUGGAGAAUUCAAACUAACGCUACUAUCUCGCUUAACGGUCAAUCAGCUGAUUUAGAAUUGAAUGGUGAAAAGAUGACAGUCAGAAUCACUAAUCCUUCCUAUACCGACCUUGAAUUCGGCCAAGAGAAAGCUGAGCCAGAUUCUUCAGAUGAACUUCCCGAAAACGGUGAAGGUGAAAAUGCUGCUAUUCCAAACGUCGACUCGCACGGUAAUGAGACUAACGUCCUUACUAUCGAUAUCCCUGCCGGUUCUUACAGCUUACAAAUCUCGUUCGAACCACAAUGGGACGGCAUGUCAUCGGAUGACUUCCAAACCCCAAAGAAUGUUGCUAUCGACGAUUGGUCGUUGAGGUCUCACGAUGCAUAA